AUGUCUGUCUCACCGCCGAAUAGAAACAAGUCAGUAUCAAGGUGUCACGUAUGUCCAGAACAAACCGUGAAGCAAGAUCGUUUACCCAAGAAAGCAAAAACAUUUUGGUCUUCAAAAAUUUUCACGCACGGAAGUUCACCAGCAACAAUUUUACAAAAGGUACAGUCUUUGGGAUCAUCUGAAGAUUUUGAAUCUGCCGUAGAGGCGCGAGAAAGAACCCGAGAAGGAGAGGAAGUGGAAGAGGAAAGUGGAAAAAGCGGAUUAAAAUACGGUUUCAUCAAUGUAAUAAAUUCAACCUUAUCGCCCACUCAUCGAUCUUUUCAUGCCUCAAACCGAAACUUUCGCCCUUCGUUGGGCUUGGACAGUAAUAUAAAAAUCGACCCCGACGACCCAAUUGUCACCAAGAUUCGUUCAGAUCCGGUCAUUCUGAAAUCCAUUAACGAGUUCGCUGCACUCUUGAAAAAUAAGGGCGUCGACCUAAGUAGCGGUCAAAUGCCCUCGUUCAUGCAAAUGGCUAAACUGGCGGGGGACAAGGAAGUAUCAGAGAAACUUAACGUCCUCAACACACAAUUCCGCCAAGCUGGCAUUACCUUUGACGCAGAGACGGCACAAAAAUUCAUGAGCACUCAAAAUAAACACGUCAUUGAGGCUACAAAAUCAAGUGCGGCGUCUGAUGGACCACAAGAAUCCAGGAGCAAAAUAACGACGAAAGGUUUGGAGGAAGCAGCAUCAAAAAAAGAAACGCAUGGAUUAAUGGAAAAGAUCAGGUCAUGGUGGGAAGGGACAAAACAGGCUUAG